AAGAAUGAAAAAUCAGACCAAAAAAAGAAAUUAGUGGUGUAGAUUUGAAGCUGGUUGGAGUGAAGAAUUUGUAUGUGCUGACUUAACUUCCUUCUUCCCCCGAACUGUAAGCCCUUCUUCUGUACAGGAAGAUGGCAACUAUUGCCCCGGGAGGCGCUAAUAUAGCACUAAUCAAUGCCCACACGCACAAGUCAAAACCCCUAUCAUGUCCAUUUCUUGGCAAGAAACUCAAGCAAAAACCCUCUUCAAACGCCGCCAUCUCCAAACCCGCAAUUCCCUCUUUCAAAGCUGAAUUGAUCGAGGCAGUUCGACAUCUUUUUGUAGGUGUGGGAGUCGGUUUGCCGUGUACAGUCAUGGAGUGCGGCGAUAUUAUUUACAGGAGCACUUUGCCCAAGUCUAGUGGGUUAACACUCACAGCCCCUGGUGCUGCCUUGGCUCUUGGUGCUCUCUCUUAUCUCUGGGCCACUCCUGGUGUUGCUCCUGGCUUUUUUGAUAUGUUUGUUCUUGCUUUUGUCGAGAGGCUGUUUAGGCCCACUUAUAGGAAGGAUGAUAUUGCUCUGAAAGAGGGUGACUUGGUGUUGAAAAAGGCUACUGAAUAUGGUGCUGUCGAAAUCUGGAUGAAUGAGCGUGUUCGAAGAGCUUGUGCAAACAGUUGUGCUGACUUCCUGUACGGCUUUCUUGAGAGUUCUUCAAAGAAAGGAGUUGAAUAUUGGCUUCUAUGGCGAUAUGAAGGGGAAGCCACCCUUGCAGAUCUAAUGCAGAGCAAAGAGUUCCCCUAUAAUGUAGAAACCAUGAUUCUUGGAGAGAUCCAAGAUUUUCCGAAGGGGUUGGAAAGGGAAAAUAGAAUCAUUCAAACUGUCAUGAGACAACUCUUGUUUGCAUUAGAUGGGCUUCACUCGACAGGGAUCGUACAUCGAGACAUCAAGCCACAAAACAUUAUUUUUUCCGAAGACUCCCGUACUUUCAAAAUCAUUGAUCUUGGAGCUGCAGCAGAUUUAAGAGUGGGCAUUAACUAUAUUCCAAAGGAAUUUCUUUUGGAUCCAAGGUAUGCUGCACCAGAGCAAUACAUCAUGAGUACACAAACUCCAUCUGCACCUUCAGCUCCAGUGGCGACUGCACUUUCCCCAGUUCUCUGGCAGAUGAAUCUGCCAGAUAGAUUUGACAUCUAUAGUGCUGGUCUCAUCUUUCUACAAAUGGCAUUCCCUUCUUUACGCACUGACAGCAGCCUCAUACAGUUCAACCGCCAACUCAAGAGGUGCAACUAUGACUUAAACGCAUGGAGGAAAGGUGUAGAGCUCCGCCCUGAAUUUCGAAGGGGUUUCGAUCUCUUGGAUUUAGAUGGAGGAAAAGGAUGGGAACUCCUGACAUCAAUGGUUCGAUUCAAAGCACGACAGAGAAUCAGUGCAAAGACAGCUUUGGCCCAUCCCUAUUUUGACAGGGAAGGAUUAUUAGCAUUGUCUUUCAUGCAGAGCCUGAGACUGCAGUUCUUUCGAGCUACACAACAGGAUUAUAGUGAAGCUGCCAAGUGGGUAAUUCAGCUGAUGGCAAAGUCUGGGACAACGAAGGACGGUGGUUUUACGGAAGCUCAACUUCAGGAGCUUAGAGAGAUAGAACCCAAGAAGAAGGCAAGUGUGCAGAGAAAUGCACUGGCUUCAGCUCUUAGACUUCAGAGGAAGAUUUUAAGGACAUUAAAUGAGAGUAUGGAUGAGCUUAAUAGACGCAGAAGGAGCUUAUGGUGGAGCAGGUGGAUCCCAAAGCAGGAGUAAAAGUAUGAUUAACAUUUGUACAUGAUUUUUUUUUUAAAAGUUUUUGUGUAGAUUUAAUAUUAAUAUUGAUUAGCACAUGACAACUUUACUGAAAUAGAGUAUAUAAUGAUCACUUUUGAGGAUGAUAAAAGAGAAUUCCUGGAAUCUUACUGAAACAUACCUGGAAUCUGUGGAAUGCACGUGUAAGUUCUAUGAUGAAAUAAAAUUCUACAGUAAUGGAUUGAAUAUGAA